CAGAUGGCAGCACCACCUCGGCCAGAACUGUUUGACUUCCAUGGAGUCUCCAUGACCAAAAUCUUCACUGAUAACUGGGACAACAUACAGAACUUUAAAGCGAGACCAGAUGAUAUUCUUAUUGCUACAUACCCCAAAGCAGGGACCACAUGGGUCUCUUACAUCUUAGAUCUUCUGUAUUUUAGUGAUAAGGGUCCAGACCGUCAGACAUCUGUCCCUAUUCAUGACAGAGUGCCUUUUCUGGAGUUCUGUGUACCUCCUAUACCUUCAGGCACCGACUUGGCAGACCAACUUCCCACCACUCCUCGUCUCAUUAAAACUCACCUACCUGUCCAGUUUGUACCAAAGUCCUUCUGGAGGCAGGGCUGCAGGAUAAUCUAUGUGGCCCGUAAUGCAAAAGACAAUGCGGUGUCCUAUUUUCACUUUGACCGCAUGAACAGCCUUCAGCCAGAACCAGGAGACUGGAGCACCUUUCUACAGGGAUUCAUGGAGGGAAAGAGGACUUUGGGAUCGUGGUAUGACCAUGUGAAUGCCUGGUGGGACGAGAAACAGACUUAUUCAAAUAUCCUCUACAUGUUCUACGAAGAUUUGAUUGAGGACUCGGGACGAGAAAUAGACCGACUGUGUUCCUUCCUUGGUUUGUCUCCUUCUGCUGAGGAGAAGGAAAGAGUCCGAGUCAGUGUGACGUUUGAUAAUAUGAAACAGAACAACAUGACCAACUACAGCACAAUUCCUCUGUUGAACCAGACGGUGUCUCCUUUCAUGAGAAAAGGGAAAGUUGGUGACUGGAAGAACCACUUCACUGUGUCCCAGAAUGAACAGUUUGAUGAGGACUACAAGCACAAAAUGAAGAAUCCUGCUUUAAAGUUUCGUUUUGAAAUUUAAAUGCCCAGCGAGGCAGGAUGGAGCUCUCAAACAAGCCAGACUUCAGGCAGCUGCCGCUCAACAGACUUCAGGCGCCGGUGGCUCUGGAUCAUCUCUACUCACCUCAGCCCCAGCCUCUAGGCCCAACAAACCUCCCUUGACCGAG